CUCCCCGCGCAGCGCGGCUGUGUUUGCGGCCUGUGCGAGUAGGCGCUUCGGGACCAGUCUCCAGGGCGAGCGGCGCGCAGAAACCUUGAACCGGUGAAGCCAACUAGUAACCUGGAGUUCAGAGGUCGUGAAGACACUACCGUUUUCACUGCGGCGACUGCUGCAGUAAGAAUGUCUUUCCCCCCUCAUUUGAACCGCCCUCCCAUGGGAAUCCCAGCACUCCCUCCAGGGAUCCCACCCCCACAGUUUCCUGGCUUUCCUCCACCUGUGCCUCCAGGAACUCCAAUGAUUCCUGUACCAAUGAGCAUAAUGGCUCCUGCUCCAACUGUCUUGGUACCCACCGUGUCCAUGGUUGGAAAGCAUUUGGGAGCACGAAAGGAUCAUCCAGGCUUAAAGGUUAAAGAAAAUGAUGAAAAUUGUGGUCCCACUACCACAGUUUUUGUUGGCAACAUUUCUGAGAAAGCCUCUGACAUGCUUAUCCGACAGCUCUUAGCUCUAGCCUUUGGAUUCUGUGAAUAUAAGGAGCCUGAAUCUACCCUCCGGGCACUUAGAUUAUUGCAUGACCUGCAGAUUGGGGAGAAGAAACUACUUGUAAAAGUUGAUGCAAAGACCAAGGCACAGCUGGAUGAAUGGAAAGCAAAGAAGAAAGCUUCAAAUGGGAAUGCCAGGCCAGAAACUGCCACUAAUGAUGAUGAAGAAGCCUUAGAUGAAGAAACAAAGAGACGAGAUCAGAUGAUUAAAGGGGCCAUUGAAGUUUUAAUACGUGAAUACUCCAGUGAGCUAAAUGCCCCUUCGCAGGAAUCUGACUCUCAUCCCAGAAAGAAGAAGAAGGAAAAGAAGGAGGACAUUUUCCGCAGAUUUCCAGUGGCCCCACUGAUCCCUUAUCCACUCAUCACUAAGGAGGAUAUAAAUGCUAUAGAAAUGGAAGAAGACAAAAGAGACCUGAUAUCUCGUGAGAUCAGCAAAUUCAGAGAUACACAUAAGAAACUGGAAGAAGAGAAAGGCAAAAAGGAAAAAGAAAGACAGGAAAUUGAGAAAGAACGGAGAGAAAGAGAGAGGGAGCGUGAAAGGGAACGAGAAAGGCGAGAACGGGAACGAGAAAGGGAAAGAGAACGUGAACGAGAAAAGGAGAAGGAACGGGAGCGGGAACGAGAACGGGAUAGGGACCGUGACCGAACAAAGGAAAGAGACCGAGAUCGGGAUCGAGAAAGAGAUCGGGACCGGGAUCGGGAAAGGAGCUCAGAUCGAAAUAAGGAUCGAAGUCGAUCAAGAGAAAAGAGCAGAGACCGAGAAAGGGAACGAGAGCGAGAACGAGAGAGAGAGCGAGAAAGAGAGCGAGAACGAGAACGGGAGAGAGAGAGAGAACGAGAAAGAGAACGGGAACGGGAAAGAGAGAAAGACAAGAAAAGAGACAGAGAAGAGGAUGAAGAAGAUGUAUAUGAACGAAGAAAGCUUGAAAGAAAACUUCGAGAGAAAGAAGCUGCUUAUCAAGAGCGCCUUAAGAAUUGGGAAAUCAGAGAAAGGAAGAAAACCAGAGAAUAUGAGAAAGAGGCUGAAAGAGAAGAAGAAAGAAGGAGAGAAAUGGCUAAAGAGGCUAAACGACUAAAGGAAUUUUUGGAAGACUAUGAUGAUGAUCGAGAUGAUCCCAAGUAUUACAGGGGGAGUGCUCUUCAGAAAAGAUUACGUGAUAGGGAAAAGGAAAUGGAAGCAGAUGAACGAGACAGGAAGAGAGAAAAAGAAGAGCUUGAGGAAAUCAGGCAACGCCUUCUGGCAGAAGGACACCCAGAUCCAGAUGCAGAGCUCCAGCGGAUGGAACAAGAGGCUGAGAGGCGUAGACAACCACAAAUAAAACAAGAGCCAGAAUCAGAGGAAGAAGAAGAAGAAAAGCAAGAAAAAGAAGAAAAACGAGAAGAACCCAUGGAAGAAGAAGAGGAGCCAGAACAAAAGCCUUGUCUCAAGCCCACUCUAAGGCCCAUCAGCUCUGCACCAUCUGUUUCCUCUGCCAGUGGCAAUGCAACUCCCAACACUCCUGGGGAUGAGUCUCCCUGUGGUAUUAUUAUCCCCCAUGAAAACUCACCGGACCAACAGCAACCUGAGGAACAUAGGCCAAAAAUAGGACUAAGUCUUAAACUGGGUGCUUCUAAUAGUCCUGGACAACCUAAUUCUGUGAAGAGAAAGAAACUGCCUGUAGAUAGUGUCUUUAACAAAUUUGAGGAUGAAGACAGUGAUGAUGUGCCCCGAAAAAGGAAACUGGUUCCUUUGGAUUAUGGUGAAGAUGAUAAAAAUGCUGCCAAAGGCACUGUGAACACUGAAGAAAAGCGGAAACACAUUAAGAGUCUCAUUGAGAAAAUCCCUACAGCCAAACCUGAGCUCUUUGCUUAUCCGCUGGAUUGGUCUAUUGUGGAUUCUAUAUUGAUGGAACGACGAAUUAGACCUUGGAUCAAUAAGAAAAUCAUAGAAUAUAUAGGUGAAGAAGAGGCUACAUUAGUUGAUUUUGUUUGUUCUAAGGUUAUGGCUCAUAGUUCACCUCAGAGCAUUUUAGAUGAUGUUGCCAUGGUACUUGAUGAAGAAGCAGAAGUUUUUAUAGUCAAAAUGUGGCGGUUAUUGAUAUAUGAAACAGAAGCCAAGAAAAUUGGUCUUGUGAAGUAAAACGCUUGACAUUUAGAGUUCCAUUUCAGAAUUCUUUCCCAGCCUUCAGAGGACUUUGAAUUUUUCUUUGUUCUUCAAAGACGUUUGUGAGAUCUGUAAUUUUUUUCAAUGUAGAAAAUGUGAAUUUUUUUGUCCUCUAUAAUUUGUUGAUGCCCUGUGUACUCCCUUGGUUGUAAAGUCAUCAGAAUCCCUGGUUCUCUUUAUACUCACCAGGUACAAAAAUGACUGGUAUGUUUUAUAAGCUGCAGCUACUGUACACCGCCUAAUAGAAUCUUGUUCUGCUGAUUUGUUCCUUGUAAAUAUUAAAAUGACUCCCUAAUUCUU